AUGAAAAGAGAAAACCAAACAGUUGUAUUUGAGUUUAUCAUCUUGGGAUUCUCCAACUUAAAUGAGUUAAAAUUUUUACUUUUCACUAUUUUCCUGGUAGCAUAUAUCUGUACUUUGGGAGGAAAUACCUUCAUAAUUUUGGUGACCAUGACUGAUCCAUGCCUCCACACUCCCAUGUAUUUUUUUCUGGAAAACUUAGCUUUUCUUGACAUCUGCUACACCACCACCAAUGUCCCCCAGAUGAUGGUACAUCUACUAUCACAGAGAAAAAGCAUUUCUUAUUUGGGUUGUGUAGUGCAACUUUUUGCAUUUAUUUUUUUUGUUGGGUCAGAGUCCCUGCUUCUGGCAGCCAUGGCAUAUGAUCGCUACAUUGCAAUCUGUAAGCCCUUAAGGUAUUCGAUUAUUAUGAACAGAGUCCUGUAUAGCUGGUUAGCAGCCUCCUGCUGGACUGGUGGUUUCCUCAACUCAGUGGUGCACACAGUACUGACAUUCCGUCUGCCCUUCUGUGGCAACAACGAGAUUAAUUAUUUCUUCUGUGACAUCCCCCCUUUGCUGAUCUUGUCUUGCGGGGACACUUCUGUCAAUGAGUUGACCCUACUCUCCAUUGGGGUCUUCAUAGGCUGGACUCCUUUUUUGUGUAUCAUACUUUCCUACCUUUAUAUUAUUUCUACCAUUUUAAGAAUCAGGUCUUCUGAAGGGAGGCAAAAGGCCUUUUCUACCUGUGCCUCCCACCUGAUCAUUGUCCUUCUCUAUUAUGGCAGCUCCAUCUUCACAUAUGUACGACCCAUAUCAGCGUAUUCACUGGAGAAGGACAGACUGAUCUCAGUAUUGUACAGUGUUGUCACUCCCAUGUUAAACCCUAUUAUCUACUCUUUGAGAAAUAAGGAUAUUAAAGAGGCUGCAAAAGUUUGUGGGGAGAAAGUGGCAGGCUUCAAGCUCCCUCUCUUUUGCUGUGUAAAUUUUCUAAGAAAAUGA